CUCCAGCCGGGGCGCGGGCGCGCUCUCAGGCGGGCUCCGGCGACAGAGACGCGAGCGCGGCGAUGGGGAGCGGUGGCGUGAUUCACUGUAGGUGUGCCAAGUGUUUCUGUUAUCCUACAAAGCGAAGAAUAAGGAGGAGGCCCCGAAACCUGACCAUCUUGAGUCUCCCCGAAGAUGUGCUCUUUCACAUCCUGAAAUGGCUUUCUGUAGAGGACAUCCUGGCUGUCCGAGCUGUACACUCCCAGCUGAAGGACCUGGUGGACAACCACGCCAGUGUGUGGGCAUGUGCCAGCUUCCAGGAGCUGUGGCCGUCUCCAGGGAACCUGAAGCUCUUUGAAAGGGCUGCUGAAAAGGGGAAUUUCGAAGCUGCUGUGAAGCUGGGCAUAGCUUACCUCUACAAUGAAGGCCUGUCUGUGUCUGAUGAGGCCCGCGCAGAAGUGAAUGGCCUGAAGGCCUCUCGCUUCUUUAGUCUCGCUGAGCGGCUGAACGUGGGUGCUGCGCCUUUCAUCUGGCUCUUCAUCCGCCCUCCAUGGUCAGUGAGCGGAAGCUGCUGCAAGGCUGUGGUUCACGAGAGCCUCAGGGCAGAGUGCCAGCUGCAGAGGACUCACAAAGCAUCCAUAUUGCACUGCUUGGGCAGAGUGCUGAGUCUGUUCGAGGAUGAAGAGAAGCAGCAGCAGGCCCGUGACCUGUUUGAGGAGGCUGCUCAUCAGGGAUGUCUAACCAGCUCCUACCUCCUCUGGGAAAGCGACAGGAGGACGGAUGUGUCAGAUCCUGGGCGAUGCCUCCACAGCUUCCGAAAAGUCAGGGACUACGCUGCCAAAGGCUGCUGGGAAGCGCAGCUGUCUUUAGCCAAAGCCUGUGCAAAUGGAAACCAGCUUGGACUAGAGGUGAGAGCUUCCAAUGAGAUCGUCUGCCAGCUAUUUCAGGCUUCCCAGGCUGUCAGUAAGCAGCAAGUCUUCUCCGUGCAGAAGGGACUCAAUGACACAAUGAGGUACAUUCUGAUCGACUGGCUGGUGGAAGUUGCCACCAUGAAGGACUUCACAAGCCUGUGUCUGCACCUGACCGUGGAGUGUGUGGACCGGUACCUGCGGAGGAGGCUGGUGCCGCGGUACAGGCUCCAGCUGCUGGGCAUCGCCUGCAUGGUCAUCUGCACCCGGUUCAUCAGUAAAGAGAUCCUGACUAUCCGGGAGGCCGUAUGGCUCACAGACAACACGUACAAGUAUGAGGACCUGGUGAGAAUGAUGGGCGAGAUCGUUUCUGCCUUGGAAGGGAAGAUUCGAGUCCCCACCGUGGUGGAUUACAAGGAGGUCCUGCUGGCGCUAGUCCCCGUGGAGCUGAGAACCCAGCACCUGUGCAGCUUCCUCUGCGAGCUUUCCCUGCUGCACACCAGCCUGUCCACCUAUGCCCCAGCCCGCCUGGCUGCUGCAGCCCUGCUUCUGGCCAGACUGACGCACAGGCAGACACAGCCCUGGACCACUCAGCUGUGGGACCUCACCGGAUUCUCCUAUGAGGACCUCGUUCCCUGCGUCUUGAGCCUUCAUAAGAAGUGCUUCCACGAUGACGCCCCCAAGGACUACAGGCAAGUCUCUCUGACUGCCGUGAAGCAGCGAUUUGAGGACAAGCGCUAUGGAGAAAUCAGCCAGGAAAAGGUGCUGAGCUACAGCCAGUUGUGUGCGGCAUUAGGAGUGACACAAGACAGCCCCGACCCCCCGACUUUCCUCAGCACAGGGGAGAUCCACACCUUCCUCAGCUCUCCCUCGGGGCGGAGAACCAAACGGAAGCGGGAGAACAGCCUCCAGGAGGACAGGGGCAGCUUUGUUACCACCCCCACUGCGGAGCUGUCCAGCCAGGAGGAGACGCUGCUGGGCAGCUUCCUCGACUGGAGCCUAGACUGCUGCUCUGGCUACGAAGGCGACCAGGAGAGCGAGGGCGAGAAGGAGGGCGACGUGACAGCUCCCAGUGGCAUCCUCGAUGUCACCGUGGUCUACCUGAACCCAGAACAGCAUUGCUGCCAGGAAUCCAGUGAUGAGGAGGCUUGCCCAGAGGACGAGAGACCCCAGGACCCACAGGCACUAGCGCUGGAUACCCAGAUCCCUGCAACCCCAGGACCCAAGUCCCUGCUCCGCACCAGCCUGGAGCCAGGGAAGGACGUCACGACCUCAGGGUACUCCUCCGUCAGCACCACGAGUCCCACAAGCUCUGUGGAUGGUGGCUUGGGGGUCCUGCCCCGACCUACCUCAGUGCUGUCCCUGGACAGUGACUCGCACACACAGCCCUGCCACCAUCAGGCCAGGAAGUCAUGUUUACAAUGUCGUCCCCCAAGUCCCCCCGAGAGCAGUGUUCCCCGGCAACAGGUGAAACGGAUAAACCUAUGCGCACACAGUGAGGAGGAGGACACGAACCUGGGCCUUGUGAGGCUGUAAGUGUGUCAGCGCAUUUGCCGCAGUGGAUGUGUACUGAGGGGGCUGGAGGCGAGGGGUGGGAGCACAGCAUAGGAAUGCUGUGUAGAUCCCAGAGGCCUUCGCACAGAGAGCAGAGAGGGUAACUUGUGGCCACCAAGUUUCUUUCUCCGCAGGAGUCCCGUGCUAGCCAUGAGAAUGUUGAAAUGAGAGUGAAGAGGUCAGAUCCCUCUCUGGAAAGUUUAGCCUCAAAGCAGUUGGCCGCACUGCAUGGAGGGCACCUCUCUGUCCCUGCCAUGUCUCACUGUCUCUGGAAGCUUCAGCCCAUGUGUGUCCUGGUCUUCCCAGCCCCAACAGAGCCCGGUGCCAGGAGCUGACAGCGUUCCUGCUCAAGGCACGUGUGACCUGGGUAGUCGGACACCACUUGAGCUCCUGCCCACAUCUGUCUGGUUUGGGGCUCCAGUGGGGAGCUGACAGCUCUGAGCACACCACUGUCCCCUCAUCCACUUUGGUCUGCAUGGGGCACCCACUUGCUUCUGGGUGGGGAUUCCAUGGUAAGGGGGCCUGUGUCCCUGCACACUGCGUGGACUGCCUUGGCCACAGGCCCACUCCCUAUGACACGUUAUUCAUUUUAGAGCUCUGUCCCAGAGGCGUUUGUCUGUGACCCACAGAUGUUGUCAAUGUGAACACCUCUCUUUAUGCUGAAUUUCUGGGCCAUUCUUUUCCUGUCUUUAUUUCUAAAUUUCCUUCUUCUAAGAUGAAAACAAGAAAAACUUAAAACAGAAGGUAUUAAAAAAACAAGAGAUUCCUACCAUUAUUUAGGUUCAACUGCAAAACAAAAAUCUUACUCCAGCCCCUCAAUGCCAUCCUGACACACUUUAUGUAAAAAGAAUUUUCCCAGAGAGGCUAGCCAGAAAAAACUUGAAGUCCCCUAUAACAUCUGAGGUGACCAAGAGGCAGAGGAGUAGAGCAGUCAGGGGCCGUGUCCUGGCUGAUCCCAACUGCAGCUGUGCUCUGGGGGCCCGUGGGAGGGAGGCAGACCCCUGGGCUUUCCUGCUGGCCACGGAGACUCCGCUCCUGCAUGGAAAGGGAGCCUGGGAGACAGCAGUCCACGCCUGGGGAGCCUGUCUGGGGCCAUGUGACCGUGGCCUCUCCCUGGGGAUGGGCUUACCACAACACACUCACCCUGCUGCCAUCCAUUUUUUUCCUCUGCAAAUGUAAGAAAGAACCACUUGGCUAGAAGUGUCCCCCAGAUGCUUUUCUUUUUUUUUUAAGACGGAGUUUUGCUCUUUUCGCCCUGGCUGGAGUGCAGUGGCAUGAUCUCAACUCACUGCAACCUCCGCCUCCCAGAUUCUGCCUCAGCCUCCCAGGUAGUUGGGAUUACAAGCACCCAACCAUGCCGGGCUAAUUUUUGUAUUUUCAGUAGAGACGGGAUUUCACCAUUUUGGCCAGGCUGGUCUCGAACUCAUGACCUCAGGUGAUCUGCUCACUUCAGCCUCCCAAAGUGCUGGGAUUACAGGCAUGAGCCACUGCGCCUGGCCCCCCAAAUGCUCUUGAACGAGAAACCCAGGGCUGGGAGAUGCUCACUGAGCUGCUGCUUUUCUGUGUGCUGGUGUUGUGUGUGUUCGUGUCCACGGCAGCUGUCUUCUUGCUACUAUAAGGGAAUUCUGGCCACCCUGGGUGGGGCGUGGUCGGAGUGAGAACUGAAGCGUUGGAACUGUAGACCCGUCCUGUCGACUGUGUGCCCCUGGGCAUGUGUGAGCCUCAGUUUCCUCAUUUGUAAGAGGGGGCGAUGAUACCUACCUCACAGGGGUGUUGUGAGGAUUAAAUGUGAGGAUAGUGACA